AUGGCUCGGCAUCGCAAGUUGGAAAAUAUAUGGGAGGCCACAGUCUCUGAAUGGCAAGUCAGUUUGCAGGAUAUGCGGGAGGCGAAGUUUACCAGCGGCUUUCUUUUUGCCAUCAUUUGUGUGUUGGUGGUGAUCAUCGGGAACGUUAUUCUGCUCAUUGCGUUGAACUUCUGGCUUUCCAUCUUUCCUGUCGGUGAGGCGGCCAGCAACGCCAGCCAGAUUGCUGUCCAGGUGAUUGUCUGCUGCUUCCUCGUCAUCUGCUUUGUCAUUGUUGGGGCACUCUUCAUUGCUAUAUAUGGCGUGAAACCACUGUGGCAUGCGUUGGUUGACACGAACCGCGUGCGGGGUCCGUUGUUUCGCUUUAUGUUGUUGUUUGCCUCCGGCGCCACCAACGCCAUAACAGGCGUGUUGGCAGUCCACGCCAUGUCAUAUACCCCUGAAUUUGUGCAGGCGGUGCUGCUUAGCGUGAUUCCCUUUUGUGCGCAGCUGUGGACAUAUGUUUUCAUACCGGAGGAGCGGAAAAGACGAUAUCUUUCGGUCACCCUCAUCGGCUCCUUUGUAUUCUUUGUGGCAGGCGUACUGUUAUCGUCCAUGUCUUCCUUUUUGGAUCUCUCAGAGACGGGGCGAAAGGCACCGUGGAACUGGACGCUCAUCUACCUUGCCAGUGCCGUUGUGUUUGGCAUGUGGUGUGUUGUGCAACGACUCUACCUUGACGCCGUGAUGUUUGUCCGCGAGGCGGAUGCAUCACAGGCGUCACCGGGUAGCACAGCGCCGGUGUGUCGCGCAGAUUCCGUCAAUUUGUCAGCGGCACAAAUUGGGCCGGUGGAGGAAAAAGCGGCAGUGGAAGACGGCGGUCAAUGCGAGGUGAAUACACAGCCCUCACCCAAUGCGGCACAUACGCGAUACCAAAACGACAUUCAUGAAAAAGAAGAGGACACGCUCAGUGAACCUCUGCUGUUGGCGCAGCGCGAAUGGGGGAAACAGAACGAAAAUGACUUUGCCGCCAAGGCGGUUUUGCUUCUCGUUGGUAUCGUCUUUCAAGCUCUUGUGUCAUUUGCAUGCGUACCUAUGGACGCCAUUCCAUGGUUUGGCGUUUCUCCCACUGCCGCCGACGCUUGGACGGGGUUCCGCGCGUCAUGCGACUAUAUUUUUAAGAACUGGAACAAUGUGCGGUACGGCAUGUUACACACACUUGGGUUUUUUAUGAGUUUUGUCGGCUGCGCGUACCUCAAUGAGCGCUCCCCCACGCUUGCCUCCGUUGUCCUGCAGCUCUCCGGCCCCGUGACGAGCCUUAUGCUCAUCAUAGUGCCCGAAUGGGAUGUAUAUGGUGCGCACGGUAUUCUUGGGCACAAAAUUGGGGGUGUGAUUCUGCUGCUGAUAGCCGGGCUCAUGUAUCACGUGUGGGAUCAGGCCUCUCUGAAGGAGUUGCUGAAGAGGCAACAGGCCUAG